AUGCCACAGGAUUCAUCCGUUGAAACUUGCUGGGCAAACAUUAAAGGGGCAGUGCACUCAUUGUGUGCGCAAUUUGUACCCCUCAAGACUCGGAAAGUUGGACCACUGAAACCCCAUUGGUUUGACAAAGAGUAUAACCGACUGUCUCGACAACGGCGUCGACUAUGGAAUGUGUUCCUCCUGUCUGGCUCUGCCGAUGACUAUGAGGCAUACAAGCGACAACGAAACUUGUGCAACAGCACAAAGACGCGAAAACGCCGUCAGUUUGAGGAGCAGCUUGCUUGCUCAGCUAAAACUGCCCCGAAGCGCAUAUUUGCGUACGUGAAGCGACGCCUGAAGUCUGCAGGUAAUGUGCCGGUGCUAGUGGGUUCGAACGGACAACCACUAAGUUCAAACACCGAGCGUGCGUCCGCAUUAGCGGCGCACUUCGCUUCUGUAUUCGCAACUAACCAAACCUCCGCGCCAAGCUCUGCCGUCGCCGCACCGACUGAGCUAACCGACUUGAUCUGCAACGUCGCGGAGGUACAUGGGCUAGUCAGCUGCCUAGACAGCACGAAGCCAGCUGGACCGGAUGGUCUCCAUCCGCUGAUCCUCAAGUCCUUGUCAGCUGUGAUCUCACCUGCUGUAACCGACCUGUUCAACCGAUCCCUGUCCAUAGGCUGCGUGCCUUGUGACUGGAAAUGCGCCGUUGUCAAACCGAUUCCAAAAGGCGGUGACACACGCAAAGUGGAGAAUUACCGCCCUAUUUGUUUGACCGCAGUAUUGUCGAAAGUUCUGGAGAAGAUUGUGAAGAAGAGACUGCUCCAGCUACUGGAGAUCAACUCUCUCCUGACGCCUGCACAGCAUGGUUUCGUGAGAGGCCGCUCGUGCAUCACUAACCUGCUGCUAACAUGGCAUGAAUGGUUGCAAGCAGUAAACCAACGUAAGUCAGUCGACGUGGUAUACGUCGAUUUCAGUAAGGCCUUCGACAGAGUGAAUCACGAGAUCCUCCUUCAGAAACUGAGGGAGUGCGGAGUCGGAGGCUCGCUGCACCAAUGGAUCCGUGACUUCUUAGUUGGACGGAAGUGGAGGGUGCAAGUCGACAGCCACCUGACCGACUGGUACCCGUCGACGAGCGGCGUUCCUCAGGGGACGGUGCUUGGCCCCAUUCUCUUCCUGAUUCACAUCAACGACGUGCCCAAUCUCCUUCGGUCGCCGUGUGCCUUGUUCGCGGAUGACCUGAAGCUAUGGAGGGUGAUCCAUACGUCGGACGACUUUGACAUACUUCAGCAGGACCUCGACCGCCUCUCCAUGUGGUCCGCCGAAGUAAGUUUGCCUAUCAACUCGGCAAAAUCGCUACUUCUGUGCCUCGGUAAAGGUGGAGCGGGCCGAUCGUACACUCUCGACGGCCAAGUUCUACACCCGGCGCAUUGCGUCAGAGACCUUGGCGUUAUACAACGUUACGACAUGAAGUCACUAGACAACACGGACAAUACGUAUCGCACAGCAUUGCGUUCGCUGUGGGCGCUGAAACGUAGCUUCUGCACCUGGUCGAAAGAGAUUGCCACUCGUCUCUUCACAUCCAUUGUACGACCGGUGCUAGAAUACGGCUCACCCGCCUACUGUCCGUUGACGAAAGGCGAGAUACACAAGCUCGAAAGAGUACAACACAUAGCCACACGGCUCAUUCCCGGUCUUCAGGGUGUGCCGUAUGAAGAAAGAUGCAGACAAUUGGGUCUGUAUACUCUAGCCUACCGCCGCGUGCGAGUGGACCUCAUCAUGACCCAUCGGGUAUUGCAUCUGGGUGCUUAUCCGAUGCUGAGGCCACUGCUCCAUGUCCGUGCGUCAAGCAGCACACGAGGUCACCAGUACAAACUGGUAGUCCCUGACCUCAAGGACAUCAUCUGCCAAGUAAUAUCAGAAAGCUUAUUUCUGAAGAUCCUUCCUGAGGAUGAACUGGUCUUCUUGGACAAAUUCACUAAACUGAGCGAAAAGGCGCAGUUUCUCUCCAUUCGCAUUUUUGGUCGCGUUCAGGUGAUUUUCCGAAGAAAUGACCUAGAGAAACUAGCUGGCAAUGAGCUAGAUAUCAGCUUACAUGAGGUUGUUACUUUAGGGUUGCUGUCAUCCGAUCUGAGUUCCAUAGACCAUGAGUGCCUGAUUGGUUGUUUGACUCGUUCAGAAUUGGAACAAUUGGCUGCCAAAUACAAUAUAAAGGACUAUAAGAAGCUGAGGAUGGCUCAGCUUGUUGAUGUGUUACUCAAGAAGGCCUCCGUCUCACCACUGGGACUCUUCGUCGGCAAACCAAUUGAACCGGAAUCCCAUUUCAAAAGGCAGAUUACUCGUAUUCUAGGCACAUGUUGGUCUCCUAAAGUUUCUCGCAUGCGACUGUUGGCCGGUACCAUUUGGUUGGCUUCCAUUGGCUCUGACACAUCCUCAUCUGGUCCUCUGCGUGUGAAAUCUGUUGAAGCAUAUUUGAAGACUGAGCUCUACAAUAUGCUACUCGUGCGGCGUGGAGAAUUGAUCUAUCCUGCGUACGAAAUUCAUCGGUGCACACAAAUAUAUCGGUCCUCAGAAGAUCUGCAAGAAUAUUUGGAAUUGCUCGAUACAGAAUUGCGUCUGGACUAUAUGUUGAAUAGUAAAGAUUACGUGUCCGCUGCAGCUGAACUGGAACGACUAAAACCUCAUCUUGUGGAUUUGGUGACCAAUCCAAAAUACAGGCGCUAUGAUGUUCCAUCAUUCCUCCGACGAUACACCGCACCUUAUCGAGCCCUUCGUAUUUUGUACACUGGAGUGGAUCUUCUUGAAAGGAGGCGCUUGUAUUCACAGGCAGUGGCGCUUAUUCUUUCCAUCUUACAACUUCAAACGGUGGUGACGGCUUCUUCAACCUGUCCUUUAGAUGAACUUGGUCCCUGUCGAGUCAGUCGUCUCCUCAUGCGGCUCCUUAUCGAUCAGGGAAAUCAUUUAAAACAACCGCUUUCCGCUCUCAAGAUGGUCCAGCAGUUCCUUUAUCGGGAUGCUUGCGAUUGUUCCAAAGCGAUGGUAUGUUGUGGUCUUCGCAGCGGGCUACGUCUUAGUCUACAAGAGCAAAUCAACAAAUUACUUGAGAGUGUGCAAUCAUCUGAGCAGAACUCAUUGGGUGUACUGGAUGAAAGCACACAGAAACCCAAGCGCAGACGCACGAACAACGAUUUGCCAGUCUUGUUGAGUAACCACUUCUCAUUAGCCGAGAGCCCCCUCUUGAAUGCGUGCCUCGCGGACACCUUGAUGCAAGCAACAGAGCCUAGGUAACCGGUUUCGGCGU